AUGGCAAAGUUGACGAACUCGGUAGGGAUGCUCCAACAAGAGAAGGGAAAACUUGCAACUCAACCCCAAGCCAAUCCUCAAGGACAACAUUAUGUGGCAGGCUCUUCGGUGCUUAAUUCCGAGCAAGCCAAAUCUAUUACAACUUUGAGGAGUGGCAAGGAGAUCAACAAGGCCAUUCCUUCCAAGCCCAUCAAGCCUCCGGUAACACCAAUUGUCUUGCAAGCUCCAGAUCCUCCUUUUGACUCACCAACCUCGGAGCCCUCUCCGGUUAGUGAGCAUCCGGAAAAAUAUCAAGUGGAAGAGCCCAAGGUUCCCGUUUCCCAAAUUCUGGCCCCUUUUCCCCAAAGAUUGAAAGCGCCAGCCCAUGCCAAUACCAAUUCUGAGAUCUAUGAGCUUUUCAAACAAGUAAGAAUCAAUAUCCCGUUGGUAGAUGCGAUCAAGCAAAUUCCCACGGUCUUCUUGACGGAGCAAGUGAGCUCAAUCAUUCAAACCAACGUGGUUCCCAAGUAUAAAGAUCCGGGUUGCCCAACCAUCUCAAUCACCAUUGGCAGCAAGAAAAUUGAAAAAGCUCUCCUCGACUUGGGGGCUUGUGUGAACUUGCUUCUAUACUCUGUCUACGAACAACUUGGAUUGGGAGAGAUGAGGCCCACACCGGUGACCCUUCAAUUGGCCAAUAGAAGCAUCCGAGUCCAUGAGGGAUGGUGGAGGAUGUACUUGUGCAAGUGGACAACUUUAUCUAUCCAGUGGACUUCGUCAUCUUGGAUACUUGCCCUUGGUUUGCUCAACCUUACUUUUGGCAACAUGAAGAUGGAAGUGAACGUGUUUAACAUUGGGAGCGAAAUGGGGAAUGAUGAUUGUAUCCAUGAAGAUCCGUUAGAGGUAUGCCUUACCGCCGAAGAGGUGAAUUUUCUUGACUCAUCGGAGGUGGAGUAUUUGUGUUCUUUGCUUGACGUGGAAGAUGUUUGUGGGACAGAAGCAUGGUCUCCAAAAUUUGAAGAGUUGCCUCCUCUCGAGUGCAAGACCCUUCCCUCGAGCAAAAAUGAAACUUACUCGGUGGUGAUCUCCUCCUCUCUCGAUGGCUUGCAAGAAUCCCAACUGCUUGAGCUUUUAAAGCGGGAUACCAAAGCCAUUGGUCGGUCUAUAGCAGAUAUUAAAGGGAUUGAUGCUUCAAUUUGUUACCACCACAUUGCCCUCGAGGAUGAUGUCAAACAUCCUGUCAACCACAACUCCGAUUGA